AGGGUUAAGAAAGUAAUUUGAAGCCUUUAAUAGAUCCAACCUGGAUAAAGAAGUGAUAUAAACACAGAAAGUUAAGGAAAUAAUCCUAAUUAAAGGAAAGAAAAAACAUGUCUUUCACAAUCUAAGGCCAUACCAAAAUGUUUUGCAGAGAGUUAGGAUCUUUUAGAUGUAUGGUCAUAAAGCAAAUAAGUGUGAGUGCUGGUUUAGGCAGUCAGGCCUUGCAAUUAACUUUCAGUAAUGUUCAUGUAGUCUGUUACAUCGGUGUUGACUGAUGAAUAAACGUGGAUUAGUUGGUUGCCUUUAAUUCCUCUAUUCUACCAAAUAUUUGUAUAUAGUAUUUUUAUCUGUACUUGAGGGAGUUGCGUAGCCUUGGUUGUUGCACAAACUAGGCCCUCAUGUCACAAGGUCAUCUGUUGCAGUCGCCCAGGGGAGGAGAUGCUGAAGGCAAUGUGGCAGAGAGCAGGGAUGCAGCGGACACAAUUCUGGGUUGGAUGCUGGCUCUUCUUGUCGUUGCUUCCCUGCAGUGUUCAUAGGUGGAAGACAAGCUGGAUUGAAUUCCUCUUCAGCUGCGCUCACGUAUGAUCAGGACUGCUGCAUCCUUGUUCUUGCAGAAACUUGGCUCCAGGACAACAUCCCAUGCACUAUCAAACUACAGAAGUAUUGUCAUAUAAAACACCUAAGAGGAUAUUCAGAAAGCAGCAGUUCACUGCCAAUCAAGAAUCACCAGUCAAUGAUUCGGAGUUGCAACAGGAUAUUUAUUGGGAUCAGCAUUCACCUACCACAUUUAAAUUGGGUAAUGGAAAGAAGUCAUCCGGAACUUGUCCGCAUGUGGUAGAAAUAUCUGAUAUAGUUAACCGUAUUGCUCCUCAGCAAUCUUCCGAAGUACCUUUGAACAUCUGGCUAGGAGAAGAUGCAAUCCAGUGCAGCCCUGCUGUCUCUUUUCGAGAAAGAAUCAAAACAAAUAAUUCAAGAUUUCAAAGAAGCACAGAGGAAGAAUUAAUGAAGUUGGCAAAAGAAUUUGAUCGGAAUAUGGUAGAACAAGAUAUCAGUUAUGGUCAAGAAAUUAGUGAACUUAACGAGAUUCUGGAUGAUGGAAAUUCAGAACAAACAAUAUGCACUAAGCAAGCAAACUGUGACAUUUCAGCAUUGGAAAAGGUGCCCGAGACUAAAAUUACUGAGCAAGUUGAACAUGAUGGAAAAAGGACCCUUCCUUUACUAAUGUUGCACAGUCAGAGUAGUAGUCAGAAGUCAUUGGAUCUAGAAGCUGAAGCUGCUGUCAAUGCCUUGUUUGAUGGGCCCACUCAGUAUACCAACCUUCCCUUGAGUCAGGGCUUCUCAGGAGAUGACGGUUCAAGUCCAAAAUUAAAUGACUGUCAUUCUGCCGAAGCAGCUUCAACACCUGCAAAAGGCAACACUGAUCAUGACAGGAGCACGAAUAUAACAAGCAUAGGAGAACAAGUGGUUUCAUUUUCAACUGCUUUCAAACAAAAGACAAUUCCCCAUGUCUCCUCGCUAGUUGAACUGAAUCCAGACAACUCUAAACAUGACAAAAAGUUGGUUUAUGAAGAUUCCACUACUGAUUUUAACUUACACCAACAAGAGACAAUUGAUGUUCAAUCCAAAGGCAAAACAGCUGCAGUUUGUUCAUUUGAAUCCGCCCCUGAUAAUGGGUUUGAUGACUGGACGAAUGAUGACUGGAUGGAAGAUGACUCACUUAUAUUGCAAAUUUCACAAAUCCCAGAACUGAUUGAUUCUCCCACUGAAUGCACACACUUUGCAAACCAGUCCUUGGAUACCGCUGGCCAAAAAGUUACAAAGGAGUUUAAGGAUGCAAGCGAGCCUAAGGAUAAUUCUGACGUAGUACCAUCUGUGUCAUUUAUGCAAAGUUCUAUCAGCAAGUCCAACAACAAAGAGUUUGUAACCAAGACCUUACAGUUUGGAGAAAAGUCUGAAAGAGCAAAGCCAAGGUUUACGUUUACAUUGCAAAACAAAGCAAACUAUAAGAUAUCUGAGGAGCAAUCUUUCAAAAUAAGUCAGCCAGAUAAAGACUUUAAACGUGCAAUUAAUACAGUAAAGAAAAAAGAGCAAAAGAAUUCUGAUUUUUCAACACCUCAACAUGAUUCCAACCUGUCCAAUGUACCCAUAAGGGAAUUGACUUCUUUGACUUGUGCAAGAUCUUUUAAACAGGAGAAUGGAUAUGAUGGCAGUACACAGAAAAAAACAGAGCAUUCCCUUGUUUUACAAAAGCUUGCUUCUACUGAGAAUUCUGAAUUGAACUUGGUUAGUAUGCUGACAUCUGAAAGACCCUGUGGUGCUGGCACAGAGAAGGGAUCUGAUAUAGAGAUGCAGAGUACUUUUUCUGAGUUUGUGCUUGAUGAUUGGAAUGAUGCAGAGUUCUACAGUGAAAUUCAAAAUGCAUUUUCUGAAUCUGACGUUUUAUGGGAAACUGGUGAUGAUGAUGAUGAUUUGAACAGGAUGUGCGAUGACGUAGAAAAGCUGAUUGAAAACCAGAAUUCUCAAGUGACUUUACACACUGGAAUGAUAGAAUUGAAGGUAGCCAAUGGCAACCAGAGUUUAACAAGCAAAAAUAUGCAUCAAAAUCAGUGUACCAAUCAGCUUAAUGGGCAGCAAAAGCAUUUAAAUCAAAAUCAACCAUCAAAACAAAAUGUCUUACCUUCAUUGAGGGCUCAACCUAGGCCAACAGAUUUGAUCUGCACAGUCUGUACUAUAACUACGUCCUCUACACAAAGCCAUCAUUUGAAUUCUGUAAGCAAUUUCCAGAGUAAAUCUUUAUCAAAUAUAUCCAAAAUGUGUGCUCUGAAUGUUAACAGAAUAGCUCCUGGGUCUGGUUCAAGAAACACUGUUGAUGCUUCAAAUCUUCCAGGUUCUGCAGACUUUGGCACUGGGCAGAAAAUUUACACAUCCACUGUGACCACAGGUCAUCCAGUCCCCAAAUCAUGUGGUAUAGCUGGCCUUACCAGAACUCCAAGGUUCACCUUCAGUAAAAUUACAAAUUCUUCUGUGAUUGGUGUUCAAGGGAACACAAGUAGUCACGCAACACAGUAUGCUUUUGGCAACAGGGAUCGUGUAAAAAGCUCCAUGGAAAGAUGUGUUCAGUCAAGCGAAAUUACUGCAACUAUACAAUAUCCAACAGCAUCUCUAAAGAGACAUUUCUCAGACUCUACUUUAGAGCUCAAAGUUGGUGAAAUGGUGGAGAAGCCAGUGGCAAAAUGUUCUCAGCAAGAGAUUGAAAAAAAGAAGCAAGCAGCAUUAGCUCGAAGGAAGAUGAAAAUGCAAGCCAGCUGCACUCAUCCAUCAACUGUGUGACUUCAUGAAUCCAAAAAAUGACUUUAUUAUAAGAAAGUAAUGAAGAAAUCAGCACUUGAAUAAAGGAGUGUACUUUUUCUUUUCUGUGGUAAAAACAGAUGUUCGGGUUCUGCAUCUUGUUCCUCCUCUAAUGUAGCCCAAUAAGUUAAUGGAGCACAUUGCUGAGCAACAGAACUAAAGGUUAUGGAAGAUUCUUUUAUUAAAGAGGAAUUUGAAGUAUUAUCUCACAAUGUAUUUCUAAUAUCAUGACUUAAAGUCUGCUUUUCCCACAGCCGCCUUUUCUAUUUUUGUUUAUCUUUCAACUGAUUUGACUCUGUUCCUGCCCUCUAAGCCCAAUGUUUCAGUUUAUGGGUACAAUUUCAGCAACAGUAUUGAGUAGGAGGGAAAAAAAAUCAGGAUUUUUUUCCUUUAAAUCAAGGACAUAGAUGUUAAUUAAAUUUUCCCUGCUGCUACCUAUUUGAGAAAAGUUCACUUAGCAAAGACUGGGAAUUUAAGCGGUGGUCUGCGUGGGUGAGUCUUAACCAGAUGUUUCACUGAGAAUCCUAUUUGAAAGGUUUCCAGAAACAGCUUACUGGUUAUGCAUGAAAUACUAAUCAAAAUUUGAACUGAGUUCCUCAGUGACACCAGCAACCUAUAUCAGACUUCUCAGAUUAAACUGCACAAUUAUGAGCUGCACUAUGUAUUUAAAUAGUUUGCCUGAGUUUAAUUUAUGUAUUUUGCUUUGCAAAUGAGGUGCUUCCAAGAAGUUCCGUUCUUGCUGUAGAUGUUCCAUCUUAAAGAGAGUCUGCUAAUGUAUAUGUUUUACUUUCUUAUUGUUGUUAAGUAAGUUGUUUUUAGUUGGUUUAAAAAUGUUUUGGUUUAAAGUUCCUGUACACCAUUUGACUUUUCUUCUAAACAUAUUAACUGCUGCCCCAGAUAGCUGCCCAAAAUCAUGGAAAUCAGAGUUUUUUUUUUCAUUUUACACCAUAGAGUUUUAUGUUCAUUUGUCACCACUUUGGUGUUGCUUAAAACAUAAGCACUUUCCAUUUUUCUUUAGUAUGAUGAAAGGUCUGUUCCAAAACUCAGACCCAGACAAAUGUUUCAUUUGGGUUCAUGUUGUCAUGUGAAUAAAGCUGUUGUGACAUUUUUAAUAUGUUCAUAGAUGACUGCAAUAAUGUUCCAUAACUUUUACUGCAUAAAUGUUUUAUCAUAAACAUUCUCUGUUAUCUCUUAUAAUCUACCUCAAAACAUGGACAUUUAAUUAAACUAUUCUUGACCCUGUCCAAUGGUUUAUUUAAUGUAAUAAUUCGGUGAAAUAUUUGUGAUACUUUGUCAAUUAUUAAAUAUAUGCCUUUUAGUUAAAUUUGAUACUUUUUUGUUUUGUAUGCACUACAUUGUUAAUGUUUGUGGUCUAAGACUUAAAGAGCAGUCUGAGAGCAAUUGUAAUGUUCCAAUUCUGCAGCAUUAUUCUUUGCAGUAGGUUUCUGCUGACCUCUAAUGCUUUGGCAAGUGUACAUAUGUAAGUGUUUAUGUAUACCUGGUGCUUUUUAACCAAGAGUCUAGACAUCUAAUAAAGAAAAAUUUCAAGGAGUCAUUUAGUAUUAGAAAAUGGCAAACUAAUGUACCUUGCAUUUUGCUUAUAUGCAGUUCCAUUUACUAUUCUUAAGGGAAUAAUCUAGUUAACUUUCUGUAUUUGGCUGAGUGCUUGAUAAAAUUGUAGCAAUCAACUAUGUUGCAAAACUGAAGAUUUUCUGUUAAGAUUGUGGUGUAUUUUCAUAUACUGCUGUUGUCUAGGACCAUACUAAAUUUAUUUGAAAUUUAAGAUACAUGGAACUAGUCUUACGUGAAUCGCUUCUGAAAAUAUUGCAGUAUCUGUGAAUUUGGCAACCUUGCUAAUAGGCAGAGUCGAUCUCAUCUUCCUGCUUGGAUCUUAAUCUUAAUGAUUCACAUUUAUAAUGAACAAUUUACAUUAUUGACCAGCAUAUGACUGCUAGUAAGAUUGGGUGGUUGCAAUUUAUCAUGGAAUCAUGCAGCAUAGAAAUGGGCACUUACGGCCCAAUGUCCAUUUCACAGUGAACACUAUCUCUGCUAAUUCCAUUUCACUGCAUUGGACCCUUAUCUCUCUAUGCCCUUCCUGUCUAGGUACUUGUCCAAAU